AUGAGUCGACAAUUUCCAUAUUCCAGUGCGCCUCUCCGCUCAGUGAAGGAAGUUCAAUUUGGUUUGUUGUCUCCAGAAGAGGUGCGUGCAAUUUCCGUUGCCAAAAUCGAAUAUCCAGAGACUAUUGACCAAAGUACAAAGAAGCCAAGAGAAGCCGGGUUAAAUGAUCCAAGAUUAGGUUCCAUUGAUCGUAAUUUCAAGUGUCAAACAUGUGGUGAAGAUAUGGCUGAAUGUCCUGGUCAUUUUGGUCACAUCGAAUUAACCAAACCUGUUUUUCAUAUUGGUUUUAUCGCCAAAAUUAAGAAAGUUUGUGAGUGUGUUUGUAUGCACUGUGGUAAGUUAUUACUAGAUGAAUCAAACCUUGCCAUGUCCCAAGCUAUCAAAAUAAGAGAUCCAAAGAAGAGAUUCAAUGCGGUAUGGAACUUGUGUAAGUCCAAGAUGAUCUGUGAAGCAGACAACGUCACCAGCGAAGAUGAUCCAUCGUGGAAGUCCGACCAACCAAGUAAAGGUGGAUGUGGUCAUACACAACCUACCGUUCGUAGAGAUGGGUUAAAAUUAUGGGGUACUUGGAAGCAGAAUAAGAAUUUUGAUGAAAAUGAACAACCAGAGCGUCGUUUAUUAACUCCAUCAGAAAUUUUGAGUGUUUUCAAGCAUAUAAAUUCACAAGAUUGUUAUAGAUUGGGUUUUAAUGAGGAUUAUGCCAGACCCGAAUGGAUGUUAAUCACUGUGUUGCCUGUCCCACCACCACCAGUAAGACCAUCUAUUGCAUUUAAUGACACCGCUAGAGGUGAAGAUGAUUUGACUUUCAAAUUGGCAGAUGUCUUAAAGGCUAAUAUAAAUGUUCAAAGGUUAGAAAUGGAUGGUUCGCCACAACACGUUAUCAGUGAAUUUGAAGCGUUGUUGCAAUUUCACGUAGCCACCUAUAUGGAUAAUGACAUUGCAGGUCAACCACAAGCUCUUCAAAAGACAGGACGUCCAAUUAAGUCUAUUAGAGCAAGAUUAAAGGGUAAAGAAGGGAGACUUAGAGGAAACUUGAUGGGUAAGCGUGUUGACUUUUCGGCCCGUACUGUCAUUUCUGGUGAUCCAAAUCUUGAUUUAGACCAAGUUGGUGUCCCAAUAUCUAUUGCAAGAACCUUAUCUUACCCCGAAAUCGUCACCCCUUACAACAUUCACCGUUUGACUGAAUAUGUUCGUAAUGGUCCAAAUGAGCACCCAGGUGCCAAAUAUGUUAUUAGAGAUACCGGUGAUCGUAUUGAUUUAAGAUAUAAUAAGAGAGCAGGGGAUAUUGCAUUGCAAUAUGGUUGGAAAGUUGAACGUCAUUUGAUGGAUGAUGAUCCAGUUUUAUUUAACCGUCAACCUUCAUUACAUAAAAUGUCUAUGAUGGCGCAUAGAGUCAAAGUCAUGCCAUACUCUACUUUCAGGUUGAAUUUGUCUGUCACUUCUCCAUAUAAUGCUGAUUUUGAUGGUGAUGAAAUGAACUUGCAUGUUCCUCAAUCGCAGGAAACAAGAGCAGAAUUGUCACAGAUCUGUGCAGUUCCGUUGCAAAUUGUUUCUCCUCAAUCAAAUAAGCCAGUUAUGGGUAUUGUGCAAGAUACUUUGUGUGGUAUUAGAAAGAUGACUUUACGUGAUAACUUCAUUGAGUAUGAUCAAGUCAUGAAUAUGUUAUAUUGGAUUCCAAACUGGGAUGGUGUCAUUCCACCACCAGCUAUUGUUAGUCCAAAGCCAUUAUGGACUGGUAAGCAAUUAUUAUCUAUGGCAGUACCUAAGGGUAUCCAUUUACAAAGAUUUGAUGACGGAAAGAAUCUAUUAAGUCCUAAAGAUAAUGGUAUGUUAAUUGUUGAUGGUGAAAUUAUGUUUGGUGUUGUAGAUAAAAAGACUGUCGGUGCUACCGGUGGUGGUUUAAUUCACACAGUAAUGAGAGAAAAAGGUCCUCAAGUUUGUGCACAAUUAUUCAGUUCUAUUCAAAAAGUUGUAAACUUUUGGUUAUUACAUAAUGGGUUUUCUAUUGGUAUUGGUGAUACUAUUGCCGAUUCUAGUACUAUGAGAGAUGUUACUACUACUAUCCAAGAAGCCAAGGAUAAAGUGCAAGAAAUUAUUUUGGAUGCGCAACUGAAUCAGUUGGAACCAGAACCAGGUAUGACAUUGCGUGAGUCCUUUGAACAUAAUGUUUCUCGUGUUUUAAAUCAAGCUCGUGAUACAGCUGGUCGUUCAGCAGAAAUGAAUUUGAAGGAUUUAAAUAAUGUCAAACAAAUGGUGGUUUCAGGAUCUAAGGGUUCGUUUAUUAAUAUUUCUCAAAUGUCUGCUUGUGUAGGACAACAAAUCGUUGAAGGUAAACGUAUUCCUUUCGGGUUUGCUGAUCGUUCCUUGCCCCAUUUCACCAAAGAUGAUUAUUCUCCAGAAUCUAAAGGUUUCGUUGAAAACUCUUAUUUGAGAGGUUUAACUCCACAAGAAUUUUUCUUCCAUGCUAUGGCAGGUAGAGAAGGUCUUAUUGAUACCGCUGUUAAGACUGCAGAAACAGGGUAUAUUCAACGUCGUUUAGUUAAAGCCUUAGAAGAUAUUAUGGUUCAUUAUGAUGGCUCUACAAGAAAUUCAUUAGGUGAUAUCAUACAAUUCGUUUAUGGUGAAGAUGGUAUUGACGGUACACAGGUAGAAAAACAAUCAGUUGAUACUAUACCUGGAUCCGAUGAAAAUUUCGAAAAGAGAUAUCGUGUCGAUGUUUUGGAUCCAACCAAAUCUAUAAGAGAAUCAUUGUUAGAAUCUGGUAAAGAAAUCAAGGGUGACGUAAAGCUUCAAAAAGUGUUAGACGAAGAGUACAGACAAUUAGAAUCCGACCGUCGUUACUUGAGAGAAGUCUGUUUUCCAAAUGGUGACUUUAACUGGCCAUUACCAGUUAAUUUGCGUCGUAUUAUUCAGAAUGCUCAGCAAAUAUUCCACAAUGGUCGUCAUAAAGCAUCUGACUUGAGAUUAGACGAAGUCGUUCGUGGUGUUCAAGACCUUUGUACUAAGCUUUUAGUCAUUCGUGGUAAAACAGCAUUAACAAGGGAAGCACAAGAAAAUGCAACAUUAUUAUUCCAAUGUUUGUUACGUUCUAGAUUAGCAACACGUCGUGUUAUCGAAGAAUUUAAAUUGAAUAGAAUUUCAUUUGAAUGGGUUAUGGGUGAAAUUGAGACUCAAUUCCAAAAGUCUAUUGUUCAUCCUGGUGAAAUGGUUGGUGUAAUUGCAGCUCAAUCUAUUGGUGAACCAGCCACUCAAAUGACCUUGAACACUUUCCAUUAUGCGGGUGUUUCUUCAAAGAAUGUUACUUUGGGUGUUCCUCGUCUUAAGGAAAUUCUUAAUGUUGCCAAGAACAUUAAAACUCCUGCGCUUACUGUUUACUUAGAAAAGGAAAGUGCCGCUGACAUUGAAAAGGCAAAGAUUGCUCAAUCUGCCAUUGAGCACACAACCUUAAAGAACGUGACAUCUGCCACUGAAAUUUUCUACGAUCCAGAUCCUAGAAGUACCGUUAUCGAAGAAGAUUACGAUACUGUCGAGGCUUAUUUUGCUAUUCCUGAUGAAAAGGUCGAAGAAUCUAUUGAGAAGCAAUCUCCAUGGUUACUUCGUCUUGAAUUAGAUCGUGCCAAGAUGUUGGAUAAACAAUUGACAAUGUCUCAAGUUGCUGAGAAGAUCUCUCAAAACUUCGGGGAAGAUUUAUUUGUUAUUUGGUCCGAUGAUACAGCAGAUAAGUUAAUUAUUCGUUGUCGUGUUGUUCGUGAUCCAAAAUCGUUGGAUGAAGAUGCUGAUGCAGAAGAAGAUCAAAUAUUGAAACGUAUUGAAUCUCAUAUGUUAGAAUCUAUUUCUUUACGUGGUAUUCCUGGUAUUACAAGAGUCUUUAUGAUGCAACAUAAGGUAAGCUCUCCAGAUGCCACUGGUGAAUUCAAACAAAGUCAAGAAUGGGUUUUGGAAACUGAUGGAGUAAAUUUAGCCGAUGUUAUGGCUGUUCCAGGCGUUGACGCUUCCCGUACUUAUUCUAAUAACUUUAUUGAAAUUCUUUCUGUUUUGGGUAUUGAGGCUACUCGUACUGCAUUAUUCAAGGAAAUUCUUAAUGUUAUUGCGUUCGAUGGUUCGUAUGUCAACUAUCGUCAUAUGGCGUUAUUGGUUGAUGUUAUGACGUCUCGUGGUCACUUAAUGGCGAUUACUCGUCACGGUAUUAACAGAUCUGAUACUGGUGCCUUGAUGCGUUGUUCAUUCGAAGAAACUGUUGAAAUCUUACUUGAAGCCGGUGCUGCCGCUGAAUUAGAUGAUUGUCGUGGUAUAUCCGAAAAUGUGAUGUUAGGUCAAAUGGCCCCAUUGGGUACGGGUGCUUUCGAUGUUAUGGUUGAUGACAAGAUGUUGCAAACUGCACCUUCUAACAUUGCAGUUACUGCAGCAGCUGGUAAUGAGGCUGGAGAAUACGCAGACGAUGGAGGUGCUACUCCUUACAGGGACUACGAAAUGCAAGAUGAUAAGAUUCAGUUUGAAGAAGGUGCUGGGUUCUCACCAAUUCAUACUGCACCAGUUUCUGAUGGUUCAGGUGCUCUUACAUCUUACGGUGGUCAAGCUACGUCCCCAUCGCCUACUUCGCCAUUCUCUUAUGGUGCUACAUCACCAUCUUUUGGUGGUGUUACCUCUCCAGGUUACGGCGGAACUUCUCCAACAUAUUCACCAACGUCACCAAGUUACUCACCAACGUCACCAAGUUACUCACCAACGUCACCAAGUUACUCACCAACAUCACCAAGUUAUUCACCAACAUCACCAUCGUACUCGCCAACUUCACCAUCAUACUCACCAACAUCACCAAGUUAUUCACCUACGUCGCCAAGUUAUUCACCAACUUCACCAUCAUACUCGCCAACAUCGCCAUCAUACUCACCUACAUCUCCAAGUUACUCACCAACUUCGCCAUCAUACUCACCAACUUCCCCAAGUUACUCACCAACCUCGCCAAGUUACUCACCAACAUCCCCAAGUUAUUCACCAACCUCGCCAAGUUAUUCACCAACUUCGCCUCAAUAUUCACCAACAUCACCUCAGUAUUCCCCAACUUCACCAUCAUACUCACCUACUUCCCCAUCAUACUCUCCAACAUCACCUCAGUAUUCCCCAACCUCACCUCAAUACUCACCAACAUCACCACAAUAUUCACCAGGUUCGCCUCUGUAUUCCCCAGAAUCUGAGAGUAAAUCGAAGGACGAAAAGAAGGAUGGCAACUAA